AUGGGGAUGGAGAACCCGGAGGAGAAACCCCACCAGGAGAACGUGGUGGAAAAAGCUCCGUCCGUGGAGCGGGAGCACCAGCGGCUGCACGCCGGCGAGAAGCCCUACAAGUGCUCGGAGUGCGGGAGGAGCUUCAGCCGGAGCUCCCACCUCAUCACCCACCAGCGCCUCCACACCGGCGAGAAGCCCUACAAGUGUUUGGAGUGCGGGAAGGGCUUCAACCAGAGCUCCAACCUCACGUCCCACCAGCGCACCCACACCGGCGAGAGGCCCUACAAGUGCCCCGAGUGCGGGAAGGGCUUCAGCGUCAGCUCCUACCUCAUCCGCCACCAGAAGAUCCACACGGGCGAGAGGCCCUACAAGUGCGAGGAGUGCGGGAAGAGCUUCAGCCAGAGCUCCAGCCUCGCCAUCCACCAGCGCGUCCACACCGGGGAGAAGCCCUACAGCUGCGGCGCCUGCGGGAAGUGGUUUCGCAACAGCUCGGACCUCAUCCGGCACCAGAGGACGCACACGGGCGAGCGGCCCUACCGCUGCGCCGACUGUGGCAAGAGCUUCAACCGCGGCUCCAACCUGGUGACCCACCGACGCAUCCACACCGGGGAGAAGCCCUACGGGUGCCCCGAGUGCGGGCGGAGCUUCACCGUCAGCUCGGCCUUGAUCAAACACCAAAGGACCCACCGGGAAGGGAAACCCUACGAGUGCCCCGACUGCGGGAAGAGCUUCAUCCGCUGUUCCAACUUCAUCACCCAUCGGAGGAUGCACGUCGGGUGA